AUGGACCCCCUCUCCCUCCUGCAGCUCCCUCGCGCCUCGCGCCCACCGCUCCCGCUGGCCGCGGCCGCCGCGCCAUUGAGAUGCAGGAGGCUAAACGUAAGCGGCGGCGCGCGCCCCGUGCCGAGGCGGCUGCAACGCCGCCCCGCGCGGCUGUCGGUGUCCGCCGUGGCGACCGAGACGCCGCGGACCGAGGAGGAGCAGCCGUCGCCGUCGCCGUCCGGGAAGGAGCGGUUCGACUGGCUGGACCAGUGGUACCCAUUCGCCCCCGUGUGCGACCUCGACCCGCACGCGCCGCACGGCAAGACGGUGCUGGGGCUCAGCGUCGUGGCCUGGUACGACCGCGGCGCCGGCGAGUGGCGCGUCUUCGACGACGCCUGCCCGCACCGCCUCGCGCCGCUCUCCGAGGGCCGGAUCGACGACAAGGGCCGCCUGCAGUGCGUGUACCACGGCUGGUGCUUCGACGGCGCCGGCGCCUGCAAGUUCAUCCCCCAGGCACCCGCCCUCGGCCCGCCGGUGCACACGAACCCCAAGGCGUGCGUGGCGUCGUACCCCUGCGUCGUGCAGAACAACAUCCUGUGGUUCUACCCCAGGGCCGACCCCGAGCACAAGGACGUGCUGCAGAGGAAGCGGCCGCCACUCAUCCCUGAGAUCGACGACCCGGAGUUCGUCACCGUCUAUGGCAUCAGAGACCUCCCUUACGGGUAUGAUGUUUUGAUUGAGAACCUUCUGGAUCCUGCCCAUGUCCCGUAUGCACACAAGGGGAUCAUACGCGGCAUCCGCAAGAAGGAAGAUCCUGGAAGAUAUGUCCCUGAUCUAACACGAGUAUCUUCUCUUAUGUUUGGCAUUGCUAAUGAAGUUGUUCUGCCAGUCCAUAGAAUUCUUGAGUAUGAUAAAGAGGGUGGCGGUCCAGCGAAGAUGAAGAUCGAGCAGGCAAACAUACAAGGGUUUGUGUCACCGCAGGAGCGGGGCUACUUCCAGUUCAUCGCGCCCUGCACGUCGUUGGCCGCACCGUUUCCAGAAGAGGACAAGAAGAAGAAGGUGCCUCGGGUCAUGCUGGUGUUCUUCUGCAUUCCGGUCGCUGCUGGCAGAAGCAGGGUGAUCUGGGCGUUCCCGAGGAACAUUGGGGUCUGGCUCCACCACAUCACACCACGGUGGCUGUACCACGUCGGCCAGAAUCUUGUAUUGGAUUCAGACAUUUUCCUCCUCCACGUUGAGGAGCGUAAAUUUGCCGCAGCAGGGCUCGAUAACUGGCAGAAAGCUUGCUAUGUGCCAACGUCGGCGGACAGCAUGGUGGUCGCCUUCAGGAACUGGUUCAGAAAAUUCUCCAAGAAUCAGAUCGGCUGGGCAACCCCACAAAUCGAUCAGGUGCCACCAACACCUACCAAGGAUCAGCUCAUGGAGAGGUACUGGUCGCACGUGGUGCAGUGCACGAGCUGCAGCGCCGCGCUGAAGGCCAUGAAGGCGCUCGAGGUUGUCCUGCAGGUUGCCUCGGUCGCCGUUGUCGGGUUUCUUGCCGUCGCCAAGGGAACGCUGGUCACGUCGACUGUUCAGAGGGCCGCGGUCGUGUCGGCGGCCGUGCUGUGCUUCGCUGCGUCCCGAUGGCUUGCUAACUUCAUCCAGAAAAACUUCUACUUCCAAGAUUACAUCCACGCCUACAAGUGA